AGCGGGGCCCGGGCCCGGGCCGAGGGGCCCCGCUGCGAGCCCGCCCCGCGCAUCGGCACCCACGACGGCACCUUCCACUGCGACGAGGCGCUCGCCUGCUACCUGCUGCGGCAGCUGCCGCGCUACCGGGACGCGGAGGUGGUGCGGACCCGCGACCCCCAGCGCCUGGCCCAGUGCGACGUGGUGGUGGACGUGGGGGGCGAGUACGACCCCGAGAGACACCGCUACGACCAUCACCAGCGGUCCUUCACGCAGUCCAUGCGAUGCCUCCGUCCCGACAAGCCCUGGACCACGAAGCUGAGCAGCGCCGGGCUCGUUUACUGCCACUUCGGCUCCCAGAUCCUCGCCAGCCUCCUGGGGCUGCCGCAGGACGGCCCCGUCGUCACGAUGCUCUACGAUAAGUUGUAUGAGAACUUCGUGGAGGAGAUCGACGCCAUCGACAACGGCAUCUCGCAGCGGGACGGGGAGCCCCGCUACGCCCUGACCACCAACCUCAGCGCCCGCGUGAGCCGCUUGAACCCCCGCUGGAACGACCCCGACCAGGACACCGAGGCCGGGUUCAGGCGGGCGAUGGAGCUGGUCGGGGGGGAGUUCAUGGAGCGGCUCGACUAUUACCACCGCACCUGGCUGCCCGCUCGGGCGCUCGUGGAGGAGGCCAUCCGGCGACGCUUUGAGGUGGACGCGAGCGGGGAGGUGCUGGAGCUCCCGCAGGGCGGCUGCCCCUGGAAGGAGCACGUCUUCAGCCUGGAGAAGGAGCUGGCGCUGCCCAAAGCCCUCCAGCUGGUGCUCUUCCCCGACCGCAGCGGGCAGUGGAGGGUGCAGAGCGUCCCGGCGGGGCCGCACACCUUCGAGAGCCGCCUUCCUCUGCCCGAGCCGUGGCGAGGCGUCCGCGACGAGGCUCUGUCCCAGCUCGCCGGCAUCCCCGGCUGCGUCUUCGUUCACGCCAGCGGCUUCAUCGGAGGCAACCGGACGCGGGAGGGAGCGCUGGAAAUGGCCCGGCGGGCGCUGGCGCAGCGGCCAGGCGGGGAGACGCAGAGCGGCUGAACUGCCCUGAGCCGACCCAGGCCUGGGACAGGACCCUCCCCCCGCUCCCUCCUUCCGCCCCAUCCAGCACGGGGGGCGUUUUCAGGGAUCGCUGCCAGGAACGGCCCCGCUCGGCCCGCGUGACUGACGGGAUCGCAGCGGGACAGCGGAGGCGCGAGCCGCCCGCCCGUGGGGGCUCCCUCCCGCGGGGCUGGGACGGCGCCCGGUGCCAGCGGGCCGGUCUGAGCCCAGCCGGAUCCCGCGGCGGGGAGGCUCUUCAAAUCCGUUCUGUGGAGGUUCCCCUCCGCCUCCCUCCCUUAUGCGUCAGUCUUGAUGGGUUCCCACCCACAAAACCAGUAAAAACCAGUGUGUUCCCAG